AUGCUGACAGCAAAGGGGGAGUUUCCCUCGCCAUGCGAUGAAGAUAUCGAAGUACCGAAGUUGAACAACUUCAUAACACAAAUAAUAGACGAGGAAUUGGCAGCGGGGAAGCUAGAGUAUACCGUAACGCGGUUCCCACCGGAGCCUAAUGGGUGGUUGCAUUUGGGACACGCGAAGUCGAUCUGUCUGAACUUUGGUAUAGCGAAACAGUACGGGGGGAAGUGUCACCUGAGGUUCGACGAUACGAACCCAGCGGCAGAGGAGGAGGAGUAUAUCGAGGGUAUUAAGCAGGACGUGCGAUGGCUAGGGUUUAAUUGGCACGAUAAUUUGUUUUACGCCUCGGACUACUUUGAGCAGUUGUACGAAUGGGCGGAAGAAUUGAUUAAAAAGGAGUUGGCGUAUGUGGAUGAGCAGACAGAGGAGGAAGUACGGAUCAAUCGCGGUAGUCUGACCGAGCCGGGUCGGGACUCGCCAUUCCGUACGCGCGCUGUGGAAGAAAACUUGUUGGCGUUCAGACGCAUGAGGGCGGGCGAAUAUGAAGAUGGCAAGGCGAUUUUGCGGGCGAAAAUCGACAUGACUCACCCGAACAUGUCGAUGCGUGACCCGCCAAUGUACCGCAUCAAAAGGGCAUCCCAUCCGCGCACGGGUGACAAGUGGUGUAUCUACCCGAUCUAUGAUUACGCGCACGGUCAGUCAGAUAGUAUCGAGCAUAUUUCUCAUUCUAUCUGUACACUAGAAUUUUAUGACCAUCGCAUCCUCUACGACUGGUUCCAAGAAAAACUGGGUAUCUUCAAGACGCAACAGCUCGAGUUCGCCCGCUUUAAUCUGUCGCAUACCGUUAUGAGCAAACGGCGCCUCCUCAAACUCGUCAAGGAGAACUAUGUCAGCGGCUGGGACGACCCCCGCAUGCCCACGCUGGCUGGAUGUCGAAGACGCGGUUAUCCCCCCAGUGCAGUCCGCAAAUUCGCAUACAGCGUGGGAGUGGCCAAACGUGACAACACGAUCCCUAUGUUCAAACUGGAAGCUAUUGUUCGCGAAGCUCUCCACCCGCGACCCCGACGCCUGGCCGUAGUAGACCCACUGAAAGUCGUGCUAACUAAUUGGACUGAGAUCUGCGGCACGGGUGAGACGGAGUUGGUGGCGCUACGUAACCAUCCUGAGGAUGAGCUUAUGGGCACCCGGGAGGUGAAAAUGGGUCCGGUCAUUUACAUCGACCGAAACGACUUUGCGGAAGUCCCACCACCCAAGUGGCACCGGCUUUCUCCUGGACAGGAAGUAAGACUGAGGAGUAGUUACUGGAUCAAGUGUAAGCAGGUGGUCAAGGGUGACGGGGAUGAGGUGGUCGAGUUGCAUUGCGAACUGGACCCACAGACUAGGGGCGGGGUUCCACCCGCAGAGAAACGUUCAGUCAAAGGCGUUAUUCACUGGGUCAGUGAGGCAGACAGCGUCGAGGCCGAGUUCCGACUCUACGAUCGUCUUUUCGUCCAGGCCGACCCCGAUGACGGGGGUAACUGGGUUGACAAUUUGAACCCCAAUAGUUUGGUCACCAAGCUGGGCCGCAUUGAAACCACGGCAGCCCAGGAAGUUCCUGGAACAACCUUCCAAUUCGAACGUGUCGGGUUCUUCGCCGUUGACUACGACUCCACCAAUACCAAACCAGUCUUCAACCUCACCGUUAGUCUACAAGACACCUUCGCUGGCGAGACUAACGAACAAAGCAAGGAGGCACAAGCCAAACUCGAAGCCAAGCUCGCCAGAGAGAAGGCAGCCGAAGAACGUCGUUUAAAGAAACUCGCUAAAGAAGAAAGAAAGAAGAAGAAAGAGAAGGAAGCCGAACGAGACUCAGAUAGCGACGACCACACGGCCACUAAGCGAGUUGACCUCUAA